GCAGAAGACCAGUAGAACUUUCCUCAGUGGGCAAACUUCAACAGAAGUAAAGGAGUAGAGGUGAAUUGAAGCUGAAUUUUGUUCCAGAAUGAAGAUCCUCCUCAUUUUUACUUUCUGCCUGGUCUCAGGUCCAGUAACCUGCUCUGAUGUGAUCGGUUAUUCAGGAGGCAGCGUCAUUAUAUUCUCUAAUAUAAACUGGUACACACAUGAUAGUAAAUAUAUUUGUAAGGUGGAAGGAAACGACUGCAGUGAUAUAAUACGUGCCGACACCAAACGCCACCAAGUUCAAGAUGGAAGAUUCUUGUUGUACUCAAGCUCAAAAAAACUCUUCUUAGUAUUGAUCAGAAAGCUGAAGCCACAGGAUGCAGGAACUUACAGAUUUGGAUUGGGGAAUCAGGACAACUCUACUGUGAACCUAAAAGUGUAUAAUAGUGGAUCAUGUGAGGUGCCAAAAAUAAUAAACGCUUAUCUUGGACAGAAUAUAACCAUCACCUGUAAAUAUCCAGGGCAGUAUGAGAAAAACUACAAAUAUUUUGACUCAGUGAAUUUUGACAGUAAAAUUAACACCAUUCUUGAUACUGACACAAAAUCUCAGAACGGCAGAUUCUCCAUUUCUGAUGACAAAAGUGCUAAAGUUCUCAGUGUGAACAUCAGCAAUGUGACAAAAACUGAUGAAGUAUUUUAUUUACUUGGCGUGUAUAACAAAGAGGGGACAGUCAGAUAUUGGUCCUUCUUUGCAGAGUUUCAGCUGAACAUUAAAGGGUCCAACAUGAUGACAUCAUCAUCACAGACAGAAAUCCAAUCUACAAUGUGUUUCAGUUCCUCUGCCUUCAUCAGUGUGUGUGUCUGUGCGGUUCUGCUGCUGAUUGGAGGAUUUGCCCUGAUUAUCUACAAACUGAGACGCCAGAAAACGCAAGGAUCAAGACCUUCAUCCAGGAGACACCCCGGGGCCUUUAACAAAGCUCAUUCUGAUCCUGGGAAUAAUCAGGCUGAUUAUGAGUGUCUGAAUCCAGAAACACAGCUCACCCUGUUUAUGACACUAUUCAGGUUUAAGUGAGUCUGAUGAUACAAUCCAAAUCGAGGCAAGAAUUUGUCAGGAUUUAUUUUCAUGCAACAGCACAAUCUGCCAUGUGUUAAUCCGUACUCUGUGUCGUUCUUCUGAAAAUCUUUCUUCAUUACGUAACAUGUAGAUUUGAUAUGCAAAUGACAAGUGUGUUAAUUUAAAUGAGUAAUAAUUGGGAAUUUAACUGCUGUAUGUGCAUCUUUCAGGGUUACACAGUGUGAAUGUGGCACUAAGUAAAAAUAAGGCUGUUUAUAUCAGUGUGUCUAUAGAAAAGAAUUCAAGAACACCUGUCUAUAUAUUACUGAUCCUACUGUACCUUUAUUUGUGUUUAUGAUAAUUGCAUGAUAGUAUGAUAGAUGCCUAUCAUAUUUCUUUAUUAUUUUUUUCUUUUUAUCUGCUUUUUAUGUAUGAAAGCAUAAAACCUUUAAAUAAACCUUUUAACUUU